CUGCUUUCGUCUUCGUCAUCUCUCUCGGUUCAGAAGUAGCUGGCUGAAGCAGCAAAAACCGUCGUCUGUCUGGUUCUUAAACAAUUUUCCUUCCUUUUUCCCAUCAAACUGUUCGGAUCGGGUUGUUUCGAAUUGCGCUUGGGUUGCGGAGGAAAAUGGGCCUUGGUGGAUAGUUUUUUCACGUGCGGAUUUUUCGGGUUUUUAGGGUCGGAGGAAAAAAGUGUAGGAUUUUUGCACAUCGUGACCGUGAACUUUUUUUUUUGUUCGCACGGUUGAAUCACGGCCAGGCGUCACAAAUCUGGGAUGCAGCAAGGUGGAUUACCAGUGCGAAUGGAAAAUGUGGUUUCUUUGAAAGGUGCAUAAGAUUUUCGAGCGACGGACGACGUUUGGAAGACUAGUUUGGAGUGCCAAAAAGGGAUUUAGGGAAUUUUCAAGUGCCAGUUCCAGAUCAAAAAUCAUCUCCCACCCAAGCGUGCAGAGAGGCCAGGGAAAAGAGUGAUGAAUUUCUCCGCCUUUGGGGGUCCCUUUUCCGGGAUCCAUCAGUUUGCGGCCAAAUUCGGCAGCAACGAUGGUGCCUUUACCAGUACCAAUCAAGCAAAUGGCGCCGUUGGCCUGGCGGCGCUUGGAACCGUGGCCAGUCUGGGACAGCAGCAACAACCCCAGCAGCAGACCCCCCAACAGCAGCAGCAACAGCAACAACAACAGCAGCAGCAGGAUCUUAAUCGAUACCAUGCGGCGGCCAACGGGAAUCAUUUUAAUCAGAACACUACCUCAAUGGUCAACACUACGAUGUCCUACGGUCAAAAUAUUUCCAUUCCGUAUGGUCAACAGCCACAAACUACAGCCGAACAUGCAGUCUCCUUUACCACCAAUGCCAACAUGCAGGACCAAAACAAGUUGAAAAAUACCACGAUCAAAAUCGAUCGAGACGAAAUGAUCAAUCAACAGAUUCUACAGAACGUUAACCAAUCCUGGCAGACGCUGGCAAAUCCCACCAAUACCGUAGACUAUUCAUCACACUUGCUAUCGGCGACUUUGCCAAUCUCAAUUCAACACUUCUUGAAAUACUCGGAAUCGAUCAAGAAGGAAACGAAUGGCGUAGGAUCGGGGUUGUCUUCUCCGGGACCGCUAAGUGGACUGAUCGGUGUCGAAACGAACGCGUUUAACGUGCAGAAAGACUUGCUUAAUCUGAAGAACGGAUCCAACUUGAACUUGGCGUUGGGAAAUGUUGCGGUCAGUGCUGCGGCCGCUAGCUUAGGUUUGAACCACCAACACUUGACUCAUCAUGCCAACAAUCAUCAGGACAACAGUCAUGCCAACUACGGGAACGUUAAUCAGCUUCCGAUCGUUCCCAACAACGUAACCACCAAUGGCCAAAUGCAAACCAUGACCCAACCUCAGCAGUCUGCCAUCAACGGAGGAGUGGCACCGGCAGCAGUCAAUGGCCAAAUUGCUCCCACCACAAAUGGAACGAAUGUCAAUGCCAGUGAAACGACAACAACUACCACGACCACCGGAUCCAAGAAGGGCAAACGAGGCAAGGGUAAACGUCCCAAGAAGGAAAAGAAACGUAAACCACCGAAGGAGAAGAAACCGCGCCCCAAACCGGGUCAGAUCCGGGAAACGAAGGCCCUCGAUGGGUCACCACUGUUUUGCUGUCCCGAGUGUCAGAUGGCCUACCCGGAGCGGGGUCUUAUCGAGCAACAUGUGGUUUCACAUGCCGUCGAGAGACGGUUCGUGUGCGAUAUUUGUCACGCCGCGCUGAAGCGAAAGGAUCACCUGACGCGCCACAAGCUGUCACAUAUACCGGACAGGCCGCACAUAUGCAGUGUAUGUUUGAAAUCGUUCAAACGCAAGGAACAGCUAACGCUGCAUAUUGUGAUCCACACCGGUGAGAAGAAACACGUCUGUCAGGAGUGUGGGAAGGGAUUCUACCGGAAGGACCACCUGCGCAAGCACACCCGAUCGCACAUAGCCCGCCGGGUCAAGUCGGAAAUGUCCACCCAGGCAGGGAACAGUACCGGAACUACCACCGGAGGAACAACCGGAACCACGACUAGCACCACCAACAGUAAUGCCCUGAAUAAUUCGGCCCUCGCUUCGUCGUUGAUGGCCACCAACAUGCAGGGAGCACCGGUGACCGCAUCCUGAGCCUCGUACAAGGACUUUUGGUAAGGUGUAGGCUGUUCUUCGCGGUUCCCGGUCACAACUGGGAACCGUUAGUACUCGGGCCUAGCUCUAAUGGGGGUUGAAUCACUUGGAGGAAGUUCUGAUCGGUCGAGGGUCGAGGUGAUAUCAAUUUUUAAUUUGUUAACUCAAACAGUUGAUUGAUUGUUUUACAAUAGCAAAUAGGGUAAUGUUACGAACAAAUGACUUCCGUUUUCUACAAUCUAAAUAGCACAAUUUCUCCUACACAACACUCAAUAUCCCACAACACAAAUAGCACAGAUUUACAUUCAAGUUUUACAGAGUACAACAUUAAAAACAACAACCAAUAGCGAACCUUCUUUCUUCUCCUCGUCGAUGCUAUGAAUUCAAAUUUGAUCCUUAUUGCGCUACUUGAGGGAACGCCGUUUGGAAACCUUACUGGAAAGUCCAUAGUUUUUAACCCGGUCGAAGCUGGGAAAUGAGCUGAACUCUCAAUUCCAUUCGACCAACAAUCUUGGUUUGAAAACGAGUUUUUCUAAACUAAUUCUAUAUAUCUAUCGCCGAUUAAGACGUUUUAAGAAAUAUCUAAGUUAUUAUACGAGUUAAAAGUUAAGAGAAUCCCAUAAAUUGUACUAACUUAAAGUUAAAAUCCCUCUAUUGUGAUGACAUCUUUAAAUCUAAAGGAUAAUGUAAAACGAUAACGUUCUCGCCACAAUAAACGAUCGUUUUGCGUUUAAAUGUGCAAUCUGACCUGACACCUGAAACUCUCCACCGGUUUUUUGCAUCAUGAUAUCAAUACGUGCUGGAUUUAUAAUCGAUAAUAGUACUAAGUCCACAGCUUUUUCGGUUUUGAACCGCUUUUUUUUAACACUGUUGUCUGGGAAGUUUUAUUUAUUAUUAAAAAAUAAUAUGUUAUGAAUCUGUUUUUUUUAAGUUUUUUUUUGUUAAAAAUAUUUAUUUGUAAAUGAUGUUAAUUUUGUUAAUUUGAAAAUUUCGAAAUAUUAAAUUGCUAUUAUCGAUUACAAAUCUCAAAUCAGUUAUCACAACUAAAUUGGUUUGAAUCUUUAAGUGUAAAAAACGAGUAAAUUAUCAAGCUUUUGACAUGUGAGUAAAUCAAUCAUUGAAUGAGAUCGAUGUUGUAUUUGUUUUCGUCUUAAGUAUAGAUUAUGCAUUGCAUUCCUUUCCAAUCGUUGUAGAACAGGAAUGAAAAACAAUACUUGUUCGCUUUUUCCAUCAAUAAAAAAAACAAAUAAAAAAACAGCAAUAAUUCUACCGCAAAAAUCUAAAACUUUUUGAAAAGCGUUUCCUUUAAAUUUGACGAAGCAAAUGUUAUGAAACAAAAACAAAAAGAAAAAACUGUGGAAAAGCAAAAACAAAAAUAAAACCCAAACAUUGCUUGUGAAAUAAAAAUAAUAAUAACUUAAAAACAAAAAACCUUGCGGGUGUUUCGAAAGGCUGAUGCUGAUGCAAAUUAGAUCUCUAAGUUUGAAAGCUGCUACUGAAAUCGAAAGCAAAACGUUAAACUUUAGAAAAAAAAACAAAAACUACAGCUAUACGAAAUCAAUCAGAGAAGAAAAACAUCACCCAAACAUACAUAUAUACACAUAAAUAACAUAUUUGCUCUUAAUAUAACAAUGAAGAAAAAAAACGAGUUGAAGAUAGAGAUGAAACAAAAGAAAACAAACAACAAGCAAAAUCGAAACGCUACAGAUAUACGAAAUACUAUGGAAUUAUAUUAUACAAAAUUGGAGCAAAAAGUGUAAUAUUUUAUUUAUUAUGCCAUGGCUUAUAUUAUUGGGAAAAAAGAAAUCCAACGGUUGGUGGAGCUGAAAAAAAAAACUUAUGUAGUAGAAGAUAUCCAUAAGCGUACGAAGAUAUAUUUUGUACUGAAUAUUGUGAAAUAUAUUGAUAACUAAGCAUUAACUGAAGGAAAAAAGAUGUUUAAUCUAAAGAAAUAAACUAUAUACAUAUUUAGAAACCAGAAAAAGCGGUAAGAGUAAAGUAUUAUAUCUAUGAUAUGGCAUAAACCUUUUAAAUUUUGAACACGGUUUGCACUCGUACGGAAGCAGUUGUUGUGAAAUGUUUCGAAAAUGAAAAGUUAAAGGAACCGGAAUCGGAACAGAAAUCGGAAUAUCUAGAUCGGCUUUGUCUACCUAAAGUGAAACAGACAAAAACUAACUCAAAACAGAUGAAUCUGCUUAUCCUACUUUAUUAGAAAACAAACAAACAAACAACAAACAGAUGGAAUACAAAGAUAGAAGGAGAAAAGUAAAACUAUUACAUUAUCUCAUGCAACAAAAGUAUAUGAAUUCAAAGUACAAAGUAAUAACAUGAAAAAGAAAGAAGAAUAAAGAAUACUAAAGCAAACUAAUGAAAACUCGUUGAAACAAUAGAGAAAGAAAACCUGUAAACUACAACCAAAGUACACAGAAAACAAACAAACAAAAUAACACAUUGACAGUUACUGCUAUCCGCAACUAAACUAACCGAAGCGAUGUUCAAAACCGAGAAAAUAACUCAGAAAAAAAAAACCUAUAACAAAAUAACCUAUAACUAUUUGAAGGCAGAAAGCUUGCAAACGUUGACAAAACUAGAAAAAACCAACUAGAAACCACCAACAUUCAGAGAACCAGAGAGAAAAUUAAAACAUAUUUCGUAUUUAUCUCUUAACGAACCAUAUAACACAUACAAAAAACAAAGCAUAUAAAACAAGAGAGAGCAAGUUUCAUAUAUUGGUGUGCGUGGAAGGACAGAUGACGAAAUACACAUCUCUCACAACUAUAUUCGUAGACAGACAGAGAUGGAAUUAUUUUUAUUAUUUACCGAUGCAAUCCCUUAUUUAUCUGAAGGGAAAAGAUGAACUAUAAACAACAAAUUCAACAAACCAUGAACAACAGAAGCAUCAGAUCUAAACUAUCUAAAAAGAAAAAAAGAUUUAUUCAAAAUAAUCCUACAACGUUUCAGAGGGUUGAGUGUCCAAAACAAUAGAAAAACAUAAAAUGAAUGCCACCGAAUAGCGAAACUUUUCACUUUAUUUUUCAUUUUGGGAAACGAUAUUUUAUAACUUAUCGAUGUCAAUAGUUUGAUAUAUUGAGAAACUUAGAAAUUUUACUAAAUUUUGAAGUUGCUUAGUUUGAUUUUGAUCUCAUACUGAAAAUCUGCGCUUCCAGAUUCGAGGGCUUAGUAAGACUUGCCAGAAUGUUUGAGUUUUUCGGUUAACAAGGAGGGGUCACUCAAUGACGUUCAAGUUCGCAUUGGAUUUGAGCUUCUUUUUCCCUUCAAUAACUCAAAACACGAUGAGUUGAGGCGAAAAAGUUGUUGAGGGAGGAACCCAGCAAACAUGAAAUCGUAUCAGAAAUGAUAACUUAAGUCGCUUACAAUGGUGUUGCGAAUCGCAACUCCAACUGCAUAGUGAAAAGAUCGUACAAAAUGUCAUCUGAAGUCAGUUUAAAUCGGAUAUGGCAGAUAGUCCGCCAUGUUUGUUAAUUUUGAAAUGAUUUUGCUUCCGCGAGAACUUCAAAUGAGAAAAUCGUCUUCAUGUUCUCUCUGCAACCAGCAGUGCAUCCAGAUGGCUAAAAAUCAAAUGAAAAUUGAGCGAACUGGAAAAUAUUGUCGCUGGAAACGAUUUCAAGGCUAUGAUAGCAAAAUCUUAGGCUCUCUUACAUUCUUCCGAUCGGUAUGAAUAAGGUGCCGAAUAACGCCCAAUUGAUGUAGUUUUCGUCGCUUUAGAAAGAAAUGAAAUUUAUGAAUGUAUAUUGCCUCCACUUUGGUGGGCAAAUUCUGUUUUUUCAACUUUCAUACGAUCAUUCUUUAAUGUAUAUGGAAUGUUUAUCAAAACAGCAUAAAAAUAUAACUACAAAAAUGUUUGCUGGGAAUAUAAAUCAUGACAUAAAUGCAACAGAAUGCCUGCUUCAUAACAGAAGUUUUCCAAGUAUGCUCAAACAAAGAGUAUGAAACUCUUAUCGAUAAGUUCUUCAUAACGCACGCACCAGCUAAGAAACAUAAACACGAUAUUCAAUGGUAAAUUUUUUCGCAGGAAUUACGGUGGUAUUUGUUGCGUUUGUUGUUUUCACAUUGUGGAAACUUGCAACCAACUCAUUUACACCUGAAUUAAACCUCUAAAGCAUGGAUCAUCCAAAAUCUGGACGCACUGUUUAUUAUACCAUAGCGCUCCUAGUUGUCAGAUCUGAAAUGUUUUGACAGUACUUUGUUCGGAAAUGUUUCCUCUAUUAGUGCUGAAAAUUUCAUAACGAUUUGUUUUGUUCCAAUAAAGUUACACGUUAUGGAAGCCGCGAGGCAAAAAUAAAUUUUGGACACCCACUUCAAAAACCCGACGUGGUCUGGUUCAAAAAUCGUGAAAUCUGAUUUUGGUCGGCUUCCUGGCCAAAAAUUUUACAAAGUUACUGGUCGGGGUGAUGUCCCCGCCAAGUUCAAAUUCGUUUAUGCCGAUAGGUUGGCAAGAAAGUGUUUGAUCUGGCAAGGUAUUUGCAGCUGCGGACGAAAAACCCCGGUUUUUGUGAAAAACAAGACCAUGGACUCCGAAAUGUACAAGGAGGAGUGCCUGAAAAACUUUUUUUUUCGUACAUUAGAUCUCACAAAGGACCAGUGAAGUUUUCGCCAGAUUUGUAAAGCUGCCACUACAACUAAGAGGUAUGUACAGUGGCAUCGGGCCAACGGGUGGAUUUUGUCGAAAAGGACAUCAACCCACCCAACUGCCCUCAAUUCCGCCCUAUCGAAAAACUUUUGGGCAAUUGUCAAGCAGAAGUUGAAGGAGAAUAGUAGGACGACUCGGGAUGCAACAGAGAUGAAGAAAUUGUGAAACAAAAUGGCAGCUGAGGUCAGUGAAUGGGGUGUCCAAACUUUGAUGAGUGGUUCUAGACGAAAAGUUCGAAAUUUCAUCAAAACAACAUCGAAAUAACUUUUUUCUUAUUUUUCCUUUGAAGUGCAAAAAAAACCCUACAUUUUGGUUACAAAACAUUUUUAUUUCGUUAACAUAGCUUCAAGAUAGAUCCUUUAGUUUUAAAUUCCAUGUGUCUCUUAUCUGUUCUUUAUCCUUUCGAUCUAUAUUGAGAUAUAGUGUGUAACGAGUACACUCUUUACUAGUAAAACCAACAACAGAAAUUGCUUGAAAACUUGUAAAUCAAUUGAUUAAGAGCCAAUUAGAAAGUAUAUAAAAUGAAACAAUAAUAAUAAAAUUAAUUAUUUAUAAAUUACCUUCACUUAACACAUAAAAUUAAAAUAAAAAUUUCGAAGAGUAAAAUCAACGCAGAAAGUUGAGCGAAUAAAUCCUCCUGCCAGGUACCACCCUAAAAUAAUCAUCAUUAACAUCAGAAGCGCACCUGUAGAUGAAUUUGAUCACCCGACACAUUUUUGUAGUAGAAAAUAUGGCCACAGGUCAUCUUCUAGAAGAUCACCGUCUGCAAACUUGUUGUGCAUCAGGUGAAUUACCUCUUUCGGGAUGCUUUUGUGCACUAUGUGCACCUAAGCUUGCAAUUGAAAAACGGCGUGAUCUUUGAACUUGGGUUUGGAAGGGGAAGACAAGUCUGCAUUGUAAAUUUGCGGAUAAGAGAGUUAUUGGUUUAACUUCUCGAUUAGGUCUUCGUAUCGGGAAGUUCCGGUACGAAGUUGAACUGAAUCACUUACUCUUGUAGUUCAGUUGGGUGAAGACCGUUAAAUUCGCGGGCCUCUUAGCUACUUAGCUGAAGAUAGCGCAGGAAAGUUUAGUGCUAAAAUGCGUAGAAAAAAGUGCUUAUUACUCAGUCAGAUUCGAGAAGCCCACUACAGCUUCCUCCAGCAGCCGUUACAUCGAUCAUUGGUCCCACCGUGACGAUCCGGAAACCCGUCGAGGUGACCCGAAAACCCUCCAAGGCCAUCAGGAAACCGCCGGGACGAAACGUCAUUCCUGGAGCACGCACGCAAAAGCGCCAAAGCGAUCGCGCCGCCUUAGCCCUCGGGAGAGUACAUCGGCGGUUCUCCGCCAGUAGCAGCAGAACCGGGAAAACAUUAUAAAAUCCCGUCACGUAAAGCAUGGAUCACUACAAAUCUGGACGCACUAUUUAUUUUACCAUAGCGCUCCUAGUUGUCGGAUCUGGAAUGUUUUGGCAGCACUUUGCAGAGGAAUGUUUCUUCUACCAGUGCUGAAAAUUUCAUUACGAUUCGUUUUGUUUCGAAAAAGUUACACGUGAUGGAAGCCGCGAGAUGAAAAUAAAUUUUGAGCAACCACGUCAAAAACCCGACGUGGUUGGGUUCAAAAAUCGCGAAAUCGUUAAAAAUGGUCAAAUCAACCGUGUGUAGCGUUCUCAAACGUUUCCGUGAGAUGCGUACUAUAGAUCGACAGGUUCAUACCAAGCGUCAUAGUGGAAUUAAGGAUCGGAAACUGCAUUUGAAGGUGUUGAGAACGAUCAAGGAAAACACAGGGUAGUCGGACUAUGACAUUGCCAAGAAAUUCAACGCCGACCGGUGCACCGUCAGCAGAAUUCGUCUACGCGAAGGAAUACGAUCCUAUCGGACCAGUAAUCAACCAAACCGGACAUUGAAGCAGAAUUUAGUAGGCAAAGGGCGUGCCCGCAAGUUAUACAAGAAGAUUCCAACGAAGUUCGACGGAUGCAUCUUCAUGGAUGACGAAACGUAUGUGAAGAUGGAUUUUGGGCAGCUUUCUGGCCAAAAAUUAUGUAAAGCCACUGCAGUGGUGCACUGCACUGGUCAUGGUGAUGUCCCCGGCAACUUCAAAUUCGUUUUUGCUGAUAAGUUUGCAAGAAAGUGUUCGAUCUGGCAAGGUAUUUGCAUCUGCGGACGAAAAAUUCCGGUUUUUUGUGAAAAACAAGACCAUGGACUCCGAAAUGUACAAGGAGGAAUGCCUGAAAAACUUUUUUUUUUCGUACAUUAGAUCUCACAAAGCACUAGUUAAGUUUUCGCCAGAUUUGGCAAGCUGCCACUACAGCUAGGAGGUUCUACAGUGGUAUUGGGCCAACGGGUGGAUUUUGUCGAAAAGGACAUCAACCCACCCAACUGUCCUCAAUUCCGCUCUAUCGAAAAAUUUUGGACAAUUGUCAAGCAGAAGAUGAAGAAGAAUGGUAGGACGACUCGGGAUGCAACAGAGAUGAAGAGAUUGUGGAACAAAAUGGCCGCUGAGGUCAGCGAAUAGGGUGUUCAAACUAUAAUGAGUGAUACUCAACGAAAAGUUCGAAAAUUCAUCAAAACAACAUCGGAAUAAUUUUUUUAUUAUUUUUCCUUUGAAGUGCAAUAAAAACCCUACAUUUCAAGUACAAAACAUUUUUAUUUCGUUUACAUAGCUCCGAGAUAGACCCGUUUUAAUGCGUCCAGAUUUGUAGUGAUCCAUGCUUUAUAAGCAGCUAACGUGAGUACUCGCCCAUGCAUGGCCAACUUUGUAUUGUAACCAGUGAUUGAAUUUUGCUGAGCAUGAAUUGAUCAACCAUCUCUCGCUCAACGCUUUACUCGGAAGCAAAGGUUGCUUUGAGGCAGCGAAAACGACAAAACCGAUGAUGCAUACGCUCUCACAUGGCCCGCCUUCAAGAAGCAAUAUACAUUCGAGGCAGCGAAUCCAAAAAACCAAACGAAUGGCUCUCACUCAUCUCCUGUUACAUUCUUGACGGAACCGAAUUCAAAAGGCAGAGCGGACCCGAGUCUCCUCGUUUGUGCCUGGAUCGAAUACCCGAGGUUUUUCUGCUUUUGCUAUUAUUGCACAGCAACCGCACGCAGGCAGCUAGUUUUUUCGUUUCUUUUCCCACCCUCUCCUUGCUCCAUACGUUGCGGGCCUAUGCAAUGCAAUAAGUUCGGUUGUUGUCGUUGUUGCCUCAACCUUUGCGGCAAGGUUGAAGAUGUUCUCCUCAACGCAGCUAUCGGCUUGAGUCCAUCAAAUUCAAUAUCGUAAAUGCGUAUGUGUGCCUCGUCUAUUUCAUGCAUCAUGUAGCGACCGAACGUUGAGAGAGUUCGUUCUGAGCAGCGAACGGAUAGUGUCUCUCGGAGCAGAUCCUCCUCAUGGGGGGAGGUUUGAAUGAAUGUAUAUGUAUCGUCUCCUGUAUUACUAUACGAGGCCUCAAAGUGUGUAUUUUGAAUGCCUCUGAUGAGAAAAUGGUUGAGGAUUUCAAUCACUGAUUGUAACGAUUGUUCAUGUAGGUACAUGACAUUCUUCUGAACGGCAUGCAACGAUAGCUGCUCUGUUGUGUUGUGAGCCUACUUGGUUGAAAGAUUCAAUUGAGUCAUGGCAAUCGAAAGAUUCCUUUUAAUUCAACCACGGUAAAUGAAAAGUUCAUAAACCGGUAUUUCGAUAGCAACUUACUACCUACUUCAGUGAGCGUUUUCGAUUGAUCAAUUCUGUGACACAUAUUCUGUGAUAAAAUUUCGGCAACUUUGAUGGUAUCCCCAAAAUGAAAUGUAGGGGCUCAGCAUCCUGAAACAUACGCAUCAUUGCACUGAGUGGUUCAAUGUAGCCAUACGAUGUUCGGUGGAUUUGAUGUGACAGCAACGAAUUAGAUCGCAGAGCUCUCGACGGGGCACUGAGCUUUAUCACCCUUAGAAGAUUUGGCUAUUGAACUUAUUCCAUUCAUAUUCUUUACAAUGAAAGAAGCCUGUUGAGUCUUUCGGCGAACUUCGAGGGUUUCGAGACCCAAAAGCUGACACCGAUCCGAAUAUGCUGGAAGAUCUUCGGGAUGACGCCAAGGCAGGUGUCGCAAGGCGAAUCUGACAAAACCGCUUCUGUACACGUUCAAUCCUCCAAAUCCAACUUAGUUGAUACGGAGCCCAGACCACAGCAGCAUGGUCAGUUAUAGAUUUGACGAGGGCGCAGACAAGGAUCAGUGAAUUUACGUGACACUUUGGUGAGGAAGCCGAGCUUUGUUGAUAACUGAAGAGCAUUGACUGUUGAAAGUGAGCUGCGCAUCGAGGAUCACACCAAGAUCAUCCACUUUAAAGACCCUUUCAAAAACUGGCUGCCGAUACUAUAGUCAUAAGGGAUCGGUGUUUUAUUCCGAUGAAAAGAGAAUCACAGAGCAUUUUGAUACACUGUUUGUUCAGUCUACACCAUUCACCAAAGUGGUUCAGCAGAGACCGUGUAACCAAUUUUCGUUCCGUCUUCUUGGCUUGUAAUCAGAUCGUUGAAAAAUAGCGCAAAUAAUAGUGGUCCCAAAUUACUCCCUUGGGGGACGCCAGAUCGAUUGGUAAAAGGAUAUGAAAUGCUAGUGCCGUACCUGAUCCUUAUGCAGCGCUCGGUGAAAAAGGAAUCAUGUUGUCAUGAAUGCCAAACUUGGCAAGCUUAGCGAGCAAAAUCUUAUGGUCAAUCGCGUCAAAAGCAGCUUUGAUAUCUGCAUACACCGCAUCGACUUGUUUUUUUUAUUUUCUAACUGAUUGAGGCAAAACGACUUGUAUUCUAUGAGGUUAGUACUCACCGAUCUACCAGGCAUGAAACCAUGCUGUCCAGGGGCGAUGUACUGCGAUGAAGCGCGUAAAAGUGCCUGGCCAACAAUUAUUUCAAAGAGCUUAGACCCUGCAGACAAACUGGUAAUACCACGAUACUGCUUAACGUCUCGACGAUCGCCAUUUUUGAACACCGGAAACAUGAACGAAAUUUUCCAUUUGUGUGGAAAUUUUCUUUGGCAAGGAAAGAGCUUCGAUGCAGCGACGAUAGAUAACAGCUAUGUUACACUCUUUAAAAUUCAUCUCAACCAGCCACUCUUUUGCUUUAAGUGAACUCACGAACACCCACAUAUAUAGGAUCUCAGUGAAACUUCAUGUUUCUUUGAAGAGAUCUAAAUUCUACUUAAGACUAAGCGUACAUCUUUCAAGGAUAUAAUGGCUAGCAUUUUACUAAUGCUAACACCACCAACCCACAGAAAGAGUUCUAUGUUUGCCGUGACCAAGACUUGAUCUCAUGACCUCUGGCUUAGAAGACUUGAACGCUAUCUUCUAGGCCACGGUCGGCGGAACUCAUCCCUAGUUCACCGGGUGUCACGUAGAACACCCGGUGUAACUCUGAGUCACUGAGCCGCCUCAUAGUAAACUAGAGAAACGGACACACUGGCUUUACUGUAUUAAACGGCAAUACCUCUGCUCUUGACGAUUUAGGAUCUUAUGUACCCUCUAAAUAAUCAAGGCCUAUCCUUGUUUCAGUUGAUUUUUAGAACUUUUAUUAUGGUGUGAUUUGAGCAAAAAUACAGUUUAAAAAAACCCAACCCUAACCAAAAACAAACCAAGAGUGAACUUGUUCGACCAGAUUUGGCCCACUGUAUCGAACUUAUUUUUGAAAAACCCGACAGCCCAUAGUUACCGAAAAAAAAAGAAAAAAAAAGACGGGUCCUGUCAUCGACAUUUCCGGAGGUCACUUUUGUUUUGGCAAAUUGGAAAGAAAAAAGUGUGAUGCUCGGUCGGUAGUGCGGAGGCUUUUGGGCCUGCGAGUCUGCACCCGGGGAGAAAGAUUCGGGGCUUUUGCUUCGCAUCCACACGGAGAAGAGAAGCGGCGAACGUGGCACAGAUGGCGACUCCAUCAUCGCCGGCUUCGGAGCCAGUACAUCGACAGUGCCGUCAGAAUAAUUGGGGCGUCGGCCCACGGCAAUCAACAACUCCAGCAAUCAUAUCCGGCACGGCAAUGUCGGGCGUCGCCAUCGGUGUGAUACCAGCCACACCUCCGGCUGCGUGGGAAGUGCUGCACCAGCAGCAGAAACGACAGCUCUAGCAGCAGCAUGGCCAAACCGUCGAGCGUCUCGGAGGUAAGUACGAGGUAGACAGUGGGACCAUGCAUGGUUCCUCAGGAAGGUGCCAGUCGGACGUGAGCCGUAAGUGGAAUUUGAAUGAAACUACACUCUAAUAAAAUGACCAGAAUAGUCGGGAGAUUGGGUGGGUAAAAUAAAUCGUGGUCAAUUAGGAUAUAUUGACAGUUUUACACGAACACCAGCUUAGCAGGAGGCCUCAGCCAUAACCUCAAACCACGGGAGAACAGAAUCGAUUUUUGAGAAGGGCGCACGAUAAACGCGUUUUUUCCGGUACUCAUAUCGACAAAUUCGCCCUGUGGAAAAACGAUACACGGUGUUCGUGUUUUGAUUUUUUUGGGCGUUCAGGGUUGCCAAGUGCAUUGAUAUUUGGAAAAUGAUUAUAUUUUUUAAUUGCAUUGUUAUUGCAUUGUUAUUGAAAAACCUUUUCAUAAGUACUGAGAAUUUGCAAUAUUCCCGUAGAUUUCUAGAAAAAAAUGAAAUGCAAUUAAAUGCGUAGAAAUUGAUUGCAACAUUUGUCUGAACGGAAUAACAACUGCCUGUAUCGCACACUUAAACGAUGUAGCGAAUUAUGUGGAUUUGUUUAUAAUAAUCAGAGCAUGCAGGAGAUUAUUUCCAAAGUCAACAUAGACGGGCUUUCAUUAAAUUACUUUUUUUGUAACAGUUAAUGAUUUGGCAUUCGUUUAGAAGAUAGAAACUAAUUUUGAAUCUAUCAAGCAGUAUAUGAAAACAUAUUUCAGAUGUUUUAAAUUCACCUUAAAAAUUCAUUAGAAAAAUAUGGCUUAUCUUCAUCGAUUUUGGGACGCCUCAUGAUGAAUUCAAACGUUUAGCUGUUGACAUUCAAAAAAUUUAAUCAAUUAAGAAAUAUUAUAAUUAGUUGAAAUCAAACAAAUACUGAUUUUAGUAACGCACCUAGCAUCACUGGUGAGGCCGCCAGCAAAUCAAAGUUUGAGGUUAUGGCUGAGGCCAAUUCUUUGCCAAUACUAUCGUCCGUAUAUACCCUUAUAGUAAAAUUAACCUCAUUCUUUCGAUGCAUUAAUCUUGGGCUGGCAACGCCAGGUUUUUGGAUCCACGACUUUUUCAGCCAGUAGUUUUUUUCCGAUCGACUUUCUUAGAGUUAUCCUACACUGAUUCAACUUACUGUCAACCACUUUUUGUUUACUGUCUAAUCAGGUAUCAGAAAAUUGUUAGGCUGAAAAUGUAAACACGAUACUCGAGAGUAGAUUCCUGUUGUGAAAAUACAACGGCACUUGAUUUCUUGAAGAUGCCAACGAUAACAAUGCCGUUGGGUUGUCACAAUAAAAGAACGGUGAUCGCGCAGCGCAGAGGUAGUCUAGUGGAUUGGCUGGCGCGAGUCUGGUGUUAAGCCUGGCGCACUGGGCGCGAUUCCCGAAAUCGGAAACAAAACUUUUGGAUUCGAACUAGGUCAGGGGGGGUGACAGAGAUUGAUUCCCUGACGACAACUAUGCAAUGGCGUUAGGUAAUCACAUCUAGUUAACGGUGAUCCUGUUUAGUAUACCGUACUCCAUCGAAUGACUUUCAACAGUAAUUCAGAAUGAAAUGGCAUUAGACGCCAAGAUGCUUAAGAUUUUUCGUUUAAAUUAAUUAGAGAUUUUCAUUGACUAUGAUAUUACUGACAGUGUACCCGAUACAGGUGUUCGGUAAUUAGUUGCUUCAAGAAUAGAAUCUAAGAUGGAAGGUGUUCCUAUAACAAAUCACUUAGAGUUCUAGUGGUUUUUAGUAUCUAAACGCAUAAUAAUUCGAAUACUUAACGCUUCCUUGGUAUAUUUGUAGCUUUAAACUGAGUCGAUUUCGGGUCUUUUUGAAUUUCUCAAACCCUGGAGUCUAAAAAACUUUGUUUUGGUUCAAAACUCAUCCAUAAUUUUUGCUGAAUUUUUAAGAAACGUUUACAUGAGUAAAUUUGAAAAUUUGAACUUUUAGUUUGUAUUGGAAAAUUGAAUAUUUUGUACUGAAAAAUCAGCAUAAUUUUUGUUUCUUCUGUGGGACCGAGCCGUCGUAUGAUUUUUGUGCCAAUUUAUAAAUUCUCUUAAGCAAAUUUCUGCUGAACAACUUUGUUGAAGACUGAAUCUUCGUAUCUUAUUAGGCAAGCAAUUACCUUCUAGUAUAUCAUAUCUAUUACUAGAAAGUUACCUUUGGGAACAGCUCUGUCGAUUUCCACAUUAGGAGUUCGGAUGUAAACACAGUACUCAAGUGUAAAAUCAUCGUUAAAACUAUGAUUUUAAUUUACUCUUCAGUAAUGGUUUAAGGAAAACCUCAGUUAUUUUACAAACCAUUAUCAUUGUUUUAAUGUUUCAUGCCGAUCUCUGCACUUCUUGAAAGUAUCUACUCAACGUUUCUACAAAGUGUUCGAAAUGUUUAAGUGGAUACAGGCAAGACGGGCUUUUAAGUCGUAUGAAAAUAGAGUAAAUCGACUACAUUUAACUGGAAAAAUUGUAGACUCACAAUAUUAAACUGAUGACAUCGACUAGGAAGCUUAAACUUCAGUUGCUCUUAAAAAAAAGUUAAGUAAAUAGCAGUAAAAUCUUCUUUCUCACUUGCAUACAUCUAUUUUUAUUUUAUUUUUUCAAAUUGACAAAUCUGCUAUGAUUUGCGACUUUUAAUUCAACUUUUGCUUAAUUUAUCCUCCAGCUAUCUGAUUCAAAACACUUCCAAUCAACUUUUCACAAAGCAUUAUAGUUUUUCAGUCUGGAAAAGGACAAUUCUACAAGGCUACGGAAAAGGCCAAACAAGUGGCAUGGCACAGCGAAUGAAAAAAAAGCACUAAUACGGAAAUGAAACACGCAAAAAAUGAUUCAGAAACGGACAGUUAGUAUCCAGUAACGGGAGGACGACGAAUGUAACGCACCGACUUUAAAUGCGCAAAAAAAAGUAUUACCUACUGCAUAUACUUGGGGACUUAACAUUGAAAGUGGAGGAAAAAUAACGCGUACAAUACAAUACAUACAUAUAUUUUUAUACAAGUAUCUACUUUAAUCCGUAUAUUUUGUAAGUACAUAUAAGUAAGAACACGUGGCGAACACCGUGAAUGUUGAAGCAAAACCAACAAGAGGAAAUAAUCAAUCGAAAAUGAAAGGUGGAGAAUGCGGGCAGGAUUUUAAAGACACUAGUAAAGCAGGUGAAUCGAGAAUUUAAGAAAAACUCACUCAUCACCAAACAGGCCGUGAAUGGCAAACGGAAUUCAGUGUUAUCGUUUAAAAUAUUAAUGAGAAUCGACUUAUUUGAGAUGCUUAAAACCAAAGUGAAGAAAAAAAAAUUGAUAAAGCUGAACAUAAGUUGAUCAUUGAGCGAAAAAAUACAUGUUACGAAUUGAAUAUGAAACAAGAAAAAAGGAAAACGCCAUUAGCCAAAACAGCUAAAUAGAACACAAAAGACGCAAUCGUGCAACCAAGCGAUUCCUCCUAAUAAGAUCAACUAUUUUUAGGGUUUUACUGAUUUAUUGAACAGAAAUGUGUAACCUGUAAGGUAUAAAUUGAAGCAAAACAAAACAAAAUAAUAUAUACGAUACA